AUGGGACAGUGGUUAGCCUCCGCCUUCAGCUCUCUUAUGGGCAAGAAGGAAGUGCGCAUUAUCAUGGUCGGUCUGGAUGCGGCUGGCAAGACCACGAUCAUCUACAAGCUGAAGCUAGGCGAGGUUGUGACGACGACGCCGACCAUCGGGUUCAACGUUGAGACGGUCGAGUAUAAGAACCUCAAGUUCACCAUGUGGGAUGUCGGCGGUCAGCAAAAGUUGCGCUCCCUGUGGCACUACUACUACCAGGGCUCCAACGGCGUCAUCUUUGUCGUGGACAGCAAUGACCCGGAGCGAAUGUCUCUAGCGAAGGAGGAGCUGGACAAGAUCUUGGCCGAGGAGGAGCUGCGUAAUGCAGUGCUUCUCGUGUUCGCAAAUAAGCAGGAUCUGCCCAAUGCACUGACGACAACGCAGGUUACGGAGAAGCUUGGCCUUCAGAGCGUACGUAAUCGGCGGUGGUACAUUCAGGGGUGCUGCGCCACGACGGCGCAGGGCCUCUACGAAGGCCUUGACUGGCUGUCCAGCAACAUCUCUGUCACCAUGCAAUAG